AGGCGGUGCCGCUGCCGCUCCUCCCGAAGAUUCCCCCCGACCCGUUAAUCGGGCGGAGCGCAGUGCGCGUGCGCCGUGGUGGUGGUGGUCGGUGGGAGGGGGCGGGCUGCUGCUUGGCGUUGGCUGGGUCGAGUCGCCAUGGGCAACUGCCACACGGUGGGGCCCAACGAGGCCCUCGUCGUGUCAGGUAAGGAGACCAAGGGGGGGAGCGUGAGGGGGGGGGCUUGUUUUCCUCAAGGGGGGGGAGGGACGCUGAGGCCCCCCCUCCCUCCGCAGCUUGUCGUCUGCCUCGCCCUCUUCUUCCUCCUUCCUGCUGUUCUCCUUCCUCCUUCCCUCCCGGGGGGGGGUCUUCCUCCUUGAAUUGGGUGAAGCUUGGGGGGGCUUUAUCCCUCCCCUCUGUGGGGACACAUGUAGGACACACACACACACACGUGUAUGCCUGCAUGCACACAGCGCUCUCUGACACGGGAGCGGACAGGUACGCAGAGAUUUCUCUUGCACAAGCACACACGCGCAUCCAUCCCAGGCACACGGAGAUCUCCCUGUUACACAAACGGCACAUCAUGUACAAAUGCGCAGGUGUCUCUCGCACAGAGAGACGUAGAUUUUUCCCACGCCUGCACACGGAUGGGUAGACGGCACACACGGAUCUCUCGCGCCAACAGCACAGCACGCGUUUACACAGAGAUGUCUCUUAUGCACCCACCUACAGAACACACGCAGAGAUUGCUUAUGCAAACAACAUAGCGCCCAUACACACAGAGCUCUCUCUUAAUGCCUGCACACACAUUGCAAACACAUCUUUCUUACAGACACACACUGAUAUCUCUCUUACACGUACUUCACACGUUCACAGAUAUAUAUAUCAUGCACCUAUAGGUAUAUAACAUCUCUCCUGUGCACAUUUAUUUAUAUCGUAUAUAUUCUAUGUAAGCAGCCACAGAAAGUGUGCUAUUCACGUAUGCAAAUAUAUUUCUCUCUUGUACACCCCUCCACAUAAAUAUAUACUCAUGUACAUAAACACAAAAGUAUGCAGAGAUCUCUUUUAACACAGGGAGACACCAUUUGUGGCAUUUAUAUACCGCCUAAUAUGGAGGAGAAGAAAAACAACCCACAACCUACACAGAAGUCUUGUUUGUGGCACCUUAAAGACCAACAACUCUUAUUAUGGCAUAAGAUUAUUUGUUGGUUUUGCUGCAACAAAAAUGAACACAGCCUGUGUCUCUGGAAAACAUGCACACAUAUUUUCCCUGCCACUUAGUCUCUGUCUUAAAAAAAGUGUACAGUUCUUUAGAAAUUUGAAAUUAGCCUUAAUAAUAUCACACACACAACCCACCUUGUACAGCAUGGAGAUCCCCAUAAGGCCUUGGGUUUUUGUUUAUGAAUAAUAAUCACAACAGUGACACAAUGUGUCCCACCGGGUCUAUAGCGCUUGGACUGAGCAUUAGCUGGUUUGCAUUCAGUUAAACUCCCAUCCGCUCCUGACACAAACUGCAAAAUUAGUUAGAGAUCCAUUUCUCAGUGAUUUGAACUUCUCUUAAGAAAAUGGUGCUGAAUGCUUCCUGUUUUCAUCUGAGGCGUAUUAAAGUGGGCAGGUGCUUUUGCUUGAUGGGAAACAGCUGUAUGAAAAUGCAACUUAGAUUGAUUGUAUUUGUGCAUCUCCUGAAAUGUUUUCUUCCUGCUUCAUGAGGAUCCUGCAACCCACUUAUCAUUUUCCAGCACCGCGGUUUGGUAUGAUAUUACAGUUAAUAGGAUGGGGGUGCCUCUGAAUGUGUUCUCUGCCAGGUAUCUGAGCUUUACAGGAACAUACUUCCAAGGCAAAAUACGUGAUUUGUAGCCCAGUAAGUUAUUUUCAGGAAAAAGAAGGUGUGAGCUGCUGUGAUUACAAUUGGAAGAGGCCAGUUCAGCUCGUAAAAGCGGUCAGGGUGUGUGUGUUGGUGGUGGGAGCCUCCACCUCCCUUGAGAACCUCCAUUCUCCCUUUUAUUACUGUCUCAGUGUAGCCAAAGCUACUGCAGUAGAUGGAAAAUCAUUCUGGGGAAAACAUAGCGCUCUUAAUAACCACCACACCCUCCUGCUUUUUUCUGUUUGGGAAGGAAAUGGCCUCGAGUGGUCUGGAAAGAAAAUAUGGAAUAUAACAUGAACAUGGGCAGAGUGUGUCUUCCAUGAACCUUGGCUGUGCAGGUUAAUCCUGUUACAGACACGGAAUCACAGAAUUGUAGAGGUGGAAGGGACCCCGAGGGUCAUCUAGUCCAACCCCUUGCAAUGCAGGAAUCAUCAGAGCUAAAGAAUCCCUGGCAGGUGGCCAUCCAACCUCUGCAGAUGAGGAUCUGCCUACUGAGUCAAGCCACUAAUCCUCUGCCUAGUGUUGUCUACUCUGACUGGCAGCAGCUCUUCCAGGGUCUUGGGCAACUGCGGAUCUUCCACUCUCUCUGCUCCCUGGUAUGUUUUUAACUGGAGAAUCAGGGGAUUGAACCCGGGACCAUCUCCAGGCAAAGCAGGUGCUCUGCUGCUGAGCUACUGUCCUUCCUUGCCUGCUUGGAAGUUCUGAUAGGCAGGGAGAACCCCACCCCUGCCUAGACUUCGGACGGGAACAGAGUGGGAUGGAAAUACACCAGCAUUAGCUUUUAGCAUUUUAUAUACCAUGUUCCAGAGCACUCAAACAACGUGUUGUAUGUAGUCCUUGUAAUCCUCCCAAUAGUUCUGUAAUGUAGAGCAGUACAAUUCUCCCAAAUUGUAGACGUGGGGACUGAGAGUUGAGUAGAUGCUCUGUGAGUUCAUGACCCAGAGGCUUCCCUCAUUUCACAUAUUUCCGUAGAACAUUAACUUCCCACUAGUAGCCUCUUUCACAUGGAAAAUAAAACCUUAGGCUGUACAAAUACCUGUUUAAUUUGAUGCUUUAUAAUUGCACUCCUCUUAAACUUCAUUACACCUGAAGGAGCGUCUCCACCCCCAUCAUUCAGCCUGGACACUGAGGUCCAACUCCAAGGGCCUUCUAACAGUUCCCUCACUGCAAGAAGUGAAGUUGCAGGGAACCAGGCAGAGGGGCUUCUCGGUGGUGGCAUCUACCCUGUGGAAUGCCCUCCCAUCAAAUGCAGAGGAGCUAAAGAACUACACAACUUUUAGAAGACAUCUGAAGGCAGCCCUGUAUCAGGAAGUUUUCAAUGUUUGACAUUUUGUUAUCUUUUUAUAUGUGCUGGAAGCUGACCAGGUUGGUUGGGAAACCCAGCUAUAAUAAUAAUAAUAAUAAUUUAUUAUUUGUACCCCGCCCAUCUGGCUGGGUUUCCCCAGCCACUCUGGGCGGCUUCCAUAGAAACCAAAAAUACAGUAAAAUAUCACAGAUUAAAAACUUCCCUGAACAGGGCUGCCUUAAGAUGUCUUCUAAAUGUCAGGUUUAUCGCUUUGACAUCUGAUGGGAGGGCGUUCCACAGAGCCACUACCGAGAAGGCCCUCUGCCUGGUUCCCUGUAGCUUUGCUUCUCGCAAUGAGGGAACCGCCAGAAGGCCCUCGGCGCUGGACCUCAGCGUCUGGGCAGAACGAUGGGGGUGGAGACGCUCCUUCAGGUAUACUGGGCCGAGGCCGUUUAGGGCUUUAAAGGUCAACACCAACACUUUGAAUUGUGCUCGGAAACGUACUGGGAGCCAAUGUAGGUCUUUCAAGACCGGUGUUAUGUGGUCUCAGCGGCCGCCCCCAGUCACCAGUCUAGCUGCCGCAUUCUGGAUUAGUUGUAGUUUCCGAGUCACCUUCAAAGGUAGCCCCACGUAGAGCGCAUUGCAGUAGUCCAAGCGGGAGAUAACUAGAGCAUGCACCACUCUGGCGAGACAGUCCGCGGGCAGGUAGGGUCUCAGCCUGCGUACCAGGUGGAGUUGGUAGACAGCUGCCCUGGAUACAGAAUUGACCUGCGCCUCCAUGGACAGCUGUGAGUCCAAAAUGACUCCCAGGCUGCGCACCUGGUCCUUCAGGGGCACAGUUACCCCAUUCAGGACCAGGGAGUCCUCCACACCAGCCCGCCCCCUGUCCCCCAAAAACAAUAUUUCUGUCUUGUCAGGAUUCAACUUCAAUGCAUUAGCCACCAUCCAUCCUCCAACCGCCUCCAGGCACUCACACAGGACCUUCACCGCCUUCACUGGUUCUGAUUUGAAAGAGAGGUAGAGCUGGGUAUCAUCUGCAUAUUGAUGGACACCCAGUCCAAUCCCCUGAUGAUCUCUCCCAGCGGCUUCAUAUAGAUGUUAAAAGCAUGGGGAGAGGACGGAACCCUGAGGCACCCCACAAGUGAGGGCCCAGGGGUCUGAACACUCAUCCCCCACCACCACUUUCUGAACACGGCCCAGGAGGAAGGAGCGAAACCACUGUAUAACAGUGCCCCCAGCUCCCAGCCCCUCUAGACGGUCCAGAAGGAUGUUAUGGUCGACGGUGUCAAAGGCCGCUGAGAGAUCCAGCAGAACCAGGAAACAACUAGAUAAUAAAACAGCUAGAUAAUAAAAUUAGUAUUUGUUUAAAUUAUUGUUAUUAGCUGGUAUUUUCCAGCAUAGGAGUAACAAGGCUGACCCCAAUAAUCUUGUGUGAAUUUGUACAGGCCUACCAGCAUACAUUUGCGUUGUCUGCAUGCUCAAGAGGCAUGAUCAGUCCUGGAUUUUCCCCUCUUGCUCCCCCAGUCUUGUGGCAGGCAGGCAGGCUGUGUUCGCAAGUUGUGUUGCCAGCCUGCCCUCGAUAGGAGAAAAGGGUGGUCCAAGGGUCUAUGGUGUUACUGGACAGCAUUUCCCAUCUGCUUUCUGGGCACUUUUUGAAAUGGGAAGCAUUCUUAGCACUGCAGGGUUGGUCCGUGUCCAGCAGCAGAUGAAUGCAGGCUGUGUUCCUGUGCGUGUCAGGAGGCCUGGAGCCUUGCGAGCACAAGACUUAAUCAAAUCGAAACCCCCGAACCUUCUUCCAGUGCCAGAGUCAUCCCACCCUGCCCUCUCUCUGCAAUGAGGACAUGAAGUAAUCAACAUGCCUCUGAUUUGAGUAACCACAUCCUGGCCCUCCAUAUCUUGGAUAAGGCCCCAUGACUCCGCUACGGGAGUCCUGUGACUUCUGGCCAGGGCUGGGCCCCAGCACCUCUUCCUCAAGAAAUCCAAUGGUAUAACCAAUGAAUAUAAAAAACUCACACCUAACUAGCAAGUGGCGCCAGGAGAACUGUUACCAGGGAAAGAUUUCUGGAGGAUUUUUGCUUGUUUAAAUCCUACCCCAAAGCAUCAUAAUCAGGGUGAGAGUUGCAUUCACCCAGUGCUGACAAGGUACUAACUAACCUAUUAGGAUGGAAUAAUUGCUUCCUUCCGUGACAGGGAAUGGCUUCCCCAGCAAGUUUUUGUGGCAGGCUGGACUAGGUUUAAACUGAGGCCCCCUUACUAAUCGGCAGCCCACCUGUGGCAUGAAGUCUUGCAGUGGAGUGUGUGUGUGUGUUUGUGUCCAGCAUUUUCCGAUGUUUGCAGGGAAUGUCAAGCCCCCGAGACAAGUCCACGAUAACCUGGCAGCUGGACUGUUCGUGCUGCCUUGUUCUAUUUUAACUCCCAAGCAAACAAUCUGUGUUUGCUUUGCUGCUUUUGUUGAGGUGUGGGUUGUGCCUCUGCUGGUGGCUUAGGGGACUGUUUGCCAAAAUUGCUGGCUAGCCCUUAAACUGGCACACCAGCCUGCAGUUGCCCAGAGACGCAGCAUGAGCACUGCCUGUCUUUAUUUCUCGUGUCUAAAUGAGAUUAGGUGGAUGAACCCGUGACCCACUUUCGCGUCUGUGCAGGCAGCCUGUUGCAAAAUUUCCCGUUAGCUUGUAAGGAAGGACAGGCCGUUGUGCAACAGCCUUUCUCUGGAGAGAGGUGGGCUCCUUUCCAACAGCUGCUAUCUUUUCGGGAAUCAGGAUUCCUUUUGCCAAGACUUAGCAGCAGAGAGGGAGGAGCAGCCUCUGUUUUCCUCUGCUUCCCUUCUCCCCCUCCAAACCCUUGUUUGGGAGAGCUCUCUAGGCGGGGGGGGGCUUCCUCUCCAAGCCGUGCUCUGCUUCCUUUACAUGUCAAGCUGCAUGUAAUUAGGAGAUGUAGUAUUUUCAACCCAGGAGGUGAAACCCUUGCUGCUUCAUCAAGCGAGUAUGCUUUGUUCUUUCCAGCAGCUGUUCAGGUACCUCUGGAAGAUCACAAGCGGGUCACCCCCCCCCCCUUGUGUAGUCCCAGAUUCCACCACGGUGCCAAUUUAGUACGAAUAGGUUUACAACUAAGCCUUUACUGUCACCCUGUUUGAGAAGAGUUUUCAGAGUUGCAUUUAGUAAUACCAGUAAUACCUCGGGUUACAUACGCUUCAGGUUACAGACUCCGCUAACCCAGAAAUAGUACCUCGGGUUAAGAACUUUGCUUCAGGAUGAGAACAGAAAUCGUGCGGUCGUGGCGCAGCAGCUGGAGGACCUAUUAGCUAAAGUGGUGCUUCAGGUUAAGAACAGUUUCAGGUUAAGAACAGACCUCCAGAACAAAUUAAGUACUUAACCCGAGGUACCACUGUAAGGCCUAGGGCUGGGCGAUACCUGACCAGCUAAACAUUGCAAUACUGUAUACUAGAUAUAUCACAAAGUAUAAAUAUGUAUAUAUAUUAGUACAGUUUUGUAAUGCAGGAAAAUGGGUACAAAUACCUAUAAAGUGGAUAAGGGAAACAGAGAGUUAAAUACAUUUCAAAACAAAACAAUACAAAAGAGAAGGAUAUAAGAAGGACCCCAUAAGCUUGUAAUAAAGAAAAAUGUACAUGGUCUCAAGCGUUUCAUCGUAUGUGAAAGUCACAGUCGCAAUCAUAGUUCUCCUGUGAAUAUUCACAGAUUUAAAGGUAUAUAUUUUUUUAAAAAAUCCAGAAUGUCUUUCCAUAAGGAAGUUAGUUGACAUUCUGUGAAUGUGGACCUUGCUGUGCUUGUGUGUGACUCUAUAAAAAACAAACAGAGAGCUGCAAAGUCCUGUUAAAUUUAUACAAAUAGUAGUAGAGAAAGAGAGAAACAGAGAGAGAGAGAGAGAGAGAGAGAGAGCGCCUCAUCAGUGCUCCAAAAUGGCAAAGGAACUGGGAUGAUCUGCUCAUGGUGGUCCCCAGGGGAGGGUUCCUGAGCUCUGGGCACAGAACUGCACCUAAUAUUUCAGGUUAAAACUGUGGAGUGGAAGGAAAGGAGGACCUUUUUCUUCCUCCCCGCUUCCAGCUACUCCCUGAAGACUGGAGAUGAGACCCUCUUAAGAAUAUUAUGGGGUGGGCAGGGGAAGGACUAGACCAUGUGAAAAAUGAACAAAAUAUUUUAGCUGCAGUUCAUUCAUUUUCAGCGUUGUAUUCUUGUUAUUAAAAAGUACACAUCAUAGAAUCAUAGAGUUGGAAGAGACCACAAGGGCCAUCGAGUCCAACCCCCUGCCAAGCAGGAAACACCAUCAGAGCACUCCUGACAUAUGGUUGUCAAGCCUCUGCUUAAAGACCUCCAAAGAAGGAGACUCUACCACACUCCUUGGCAGCAAAUUCCACUGUCAAACAGCUCUUGCUGUCAGGAAGUUCUUCCUAAUGUUUAGGUGGAAUCUUCUUUCUUGUAGUUUGGAUCCAUUGCUCCGUGUCCGCUUCUCUGGAGCAGCAGAAAACAACCUUUCUCCCUCCUCUAUGUGACAUCCUUUGAUAUAUUUGAACAUGGCUAUCAUAUCACCCCUUAACCUCCUCUUCUCCAGGCUAAACAUGCCCAGCUCCCUUAGCCGUUCCUCAUAAGGCAUUGUUUCCAGGCCUUUGACCAUUUUGGUUGCCCUCCUCUGGACACGUUCCAGUUUGUCAGUGUCCUUCUUGAACUGUGGUGCCCAGAACUGGACACAGUACUCCAGGUGAGGUCUGACCAGAGCAGAAUACAGUGGCACUAUUACUUCCCUUGAUCUAGAUGCUAUACUCCUAUUGAUGAGGCCCAGAAUUGUGUUGGCUUUUUUAGCUGCCGCGUCACACUGUUGGCUCAUGUCAAGUUUGUGGUCAACCAAGACUCCUAGAUCCUUUUCACAUGUACUGCUCUCAAGCCAGGUGUCACCCAUCUUGUAUUGUGCCUCUCAUUUUUUUUGCCCAAGUGCAAUACUUUACAUUUCUCCCUGUUAAAAUUCAUCUUGUUUGUUUUUGCCCAGUUCUCUAAUCUGUCAAGGUUGUUUUGAAGUGUGAUCCUGUCCUCUGGGGUGUUAGCCACCCCUCCCAGUUUGGUGUCAUCUGCAAAUUUGAUCAGGAUGCCCUUGAGUCCAUCAUCCAAGUCGUUGAUAAAGAUGUUGAAUAAGACCGGGCCCAAGACAGAACCCUGUGGCACCCCACUAGUCACUCUUCUCCAGGAUGAAGAGGAACCAUUGAUGAGCACCCUUUGGGUUCGGUCAGUCAGCCAGUUACAAAUCCACUGAGUGGUAGCAUAGUCAAGACCACAUUUUACCAGCUUCUUUACAAGAGUAUCAUGGGGCACCUUGUCAAAUGCCUUGCUGAAAUCAAGGUAGGCUACAUCCAUUGCGUUGCCUUCAUCUACCAGGCUUGUAAUUCUGUCAAAAAACGAGAUCAGGUUAGUCUGACAUGACUUAUUUUUCAGAAAUCCAUGCUGACUAUUGGUGAUCACAGCAUUCUUUUCUAGGUGCUCACAGACUGUUUGCUAAUGUUUAGGUGGAACCUAGACGUUCCGUUGUUGCGCCCAUAACCUCGGUUUAAGGUGCCAUUUAACCCCUAGCUUUCAUAUCUCUGUUUCUAACGUUGUCUCCCAGGAUCUCGCCUGCUGGCUGCACUUUUCCUUCCAUCUGAGCAAAUCUGAUUACACAGCCAGCAGGGACCUCCCUGAGGCACAAUGAGGAAAACAGCAGCGGGUGUGGCUGGUCGGCCUUUCUCAGUGCCAGUCCUCCUUUCCUCUCCACCUCCCUCCCCUCCCCAAAAUAGCAUCAUCAUUUGCUACUACACCCCCCAGCAAGAUUUUCUGCUUUGGGGUGGAAGAAUAACCAUUCCACCUGAAUUCUGGCUGCUUUCGCCUUCUGAACUAGCCCCCACCCCUGCUUCUGAGAUGAAGUUCUUGCCUGCAGGGCUGCAUUUGGCAAUGGUGGGGGGUUUUUUGCAAGUGAAUGAACAGCCAAGGGGAGCUACAGAGUCGUGGGUGCUGAAGGAAAGUGGCUGGUUAAUGAGCAACAGAGGAAGCUGCCCUCUCUUGAGUCAGACCUUUGGUCCACCUACCUCAGUGUUGUCUACACUGGCUGGCAGCAGUGGCUCUCCAGGGUUUCGGGCAGGGUCCAUUCCCAACCCUGCCUGGAGAUGUCACCGGGGAUUGAACUUUGGAGCUUCUGCAGGUGAUCUGCCGCUGAGCUGCACAAGCCAUUCCCCUAAAGUAAGACUCCAGUCCUCAUGUUUCUGUGUAACCCUUGAGCUAGGCCACGCGUCCCUCUCGCUCACUAUAGCCUACACUGACUAGCAGCCGCUCUCCAGGGUUUCAGACAUGGGGUCUCCUUCCUUGAGAUGCCACUGGCACCUCUCUCAUGCACCGCAGGUGCCCUGCCGCUGACAUCUUGGAGGCCCAGUGGAGUUUUCAGCUUUUUCUCAGGGAUUUGGAAAGUUCUAGGUCCCCUUUACUGGAUCCUGCAGUCCCUGAGAGCGGGCAGGCUUGCUGUGAAACCACUGGUUCUUCCAGGCCCCUUCUGUUGCCACGGUGGGUUAUUGGCAUUCAGACUCUUAAAGCACCCAGGUGCCUCCCCAUCUCCCACAGGUGCUUCUGGGCUGAAUCCUCCGGGAUAAUUCUGAGCUCCCUGUUGAGGGGUGUGUUAAUUCCAAACAGCUCUGAAGGGACAGGGUGUUCACUGUUUGCCAUUGGUUUCCUUGCUUGUUCUGAAUAUAUUUUAUUUCGGUUUUCCUCUGAGAGACGACUGCAAUCAAUCUGAACGAUUGGGCAGAAUUGAUUCACAAAGGCGUUCAAGGAGUUGGAGAUUUGACGGAAGUGCAGGAGUGGAAAGGCGGGGGGGGGAAUACAAUAUUCGUUUUACAAUCAAACGAUCUAAUAAAAGCUCCUUCUGGGCCGGGUAGGGACCAGAAUGCUUCCUUCCUCCUCUGCUUCCUAAAUCUUCCUGAGCUGUGGGGGGCCGUCUGCUGAGGGCGGUGUGCUGCAAAACACAGUUGGCAGAGCCCUGAGGUUGAGAAAGUCACAGGCGUGGGUCACGCGCAGAGGAAUGGGAACUGGCCCAGUUCCCUGCCUGCCUGCCUGCCAGAGGAGGAGGAGGAGAGCUUCUGAAUGGCUGUGCACCAAUUCGGUCAUAGGUGAUCUCUUGGCUCCCUCUCCUGAUUUAAUCUUUCCUGCACAGCUGCAGCAGGAAAUUGCACUGGGCCUGGGUGGGAGUGUGUGUGAUAGAGGGGGGAGUGUCCUAUGGUGCCAGCCCCCACCUGCUCCUGUUUCUUAUCCAUUAAGCUGCAUAUGGCUAUUUCUGAAGUUCUGAGAACUUGCUUUUUAAUUAAUUUAUUUUUUUUAAAAAGUGGAAAGCAAGUUUCUCCUAUGGCUGCCGAGACAAUGAGAAAAUUAAGGGCAGUUGCAGGCAGUUGUGCACCCCCCAACAGAGAAGCUUAAAGUUAAAAAAAAGAAAGAAAUUUGUCUGGAUGACUUGUCUGUGAGAAACUCUUGCUGCACCAUUUUCUAAGUGGUCACACACCGACUGCUUAAUUAUCUGUGCCCCAGAGGCGCCUGGAGGCCAGCCUUUACAACUGGGAUGGCUCCUCUCUCUGGAUGAUGGAGACAACAGUUGCCCCCCUCCAAUCUACAGGGAUAAUUCCCCAAGAAUUCUCAAAUAUUAUAGAAAGAGGCUCUGAGAUUAUACCUGCCCGCUCCUUUAGUAUCGUUAGGUGCAGCUCAUCAGGCCCUGGAGAUUUGAAUUCAUUUAAAGUAGCUAGGUGUUCCCUCACUACCUAUUUUCCUAUCGUGGGCUGCAGCUCCCUCCUUCCAUUGUUUAUUCUGUUAUCCCCAGAUUGGGCACUGCUUUCCUUUUGGGUGUAGACAGAGGCAAAGUAGGUGUUGAACUGUUCCACCUUCACCCAAUAGCUUUUUUCCAUCUUCUGCAUGCAGAGGAGCUACCGCUUGCCUGCUGUUCCUCUUGCUUCAGACAUAGCUAAUGAAACCUUUCGUUAUUAUUUUCAACCUCUCUUGCAAGCCUGAGCUCAUUCUGAGCUUUGGCUGCCUGACCUUCUCCCUGCAACUGUUGGCUACUCAUGUAUACUCUUCCUUUGCAAUUAUAUUUUAUUGAAUUAUGCCCAGCAGGGAGGAAGUAGAUAGAGAAGAGCUUUUCACCCUUAUAAGACUGGAACUUGUGGGCAUCCCAUGAAGCUGAAUGUUGAAAGAUUCAGGACAGAGAAAAGAAAGGGCUUCAAACAGCACGUAGUUCAACUGUGAAAAACAAUGUUUGCCACAAACUUGGAUGACUUUAAAAGGUGGUUGGACAGAUCCAUGGGGGAGAGGGCUAGAUGGCUAUUAGCCUGAGUGCCCUGUCUCCACAACUGGAGACUGCAAUGCUUCUGAAUAUCAGUUGCUGGAAACUGCAGGAGGGGAGAGAACUCUGGUGCUUGUGUCAUAGAAUCAUAGAGUUGGAAGGAACACCAGAGGUCAUCUAGUCCAACCCCCUGCAAUGCAGGAAUCAUAGCUAAAGCAUCCUUGAUAGAUGACCCUCCAACCUGUGUUCAAAAACCUCCAGUGAAGGAGAGUCCACCACCUUCCAUGGACCAAUUGGACUGGCUUCCAAAAAGGCGGCUUCCUAUUUUCCUAAUUAAACCACUCCUUUAUUUAUGAUCAUGAGGACUAGAAUCUUAGAACAGCAAGGGAGAGGGCUCUGGUGUGCUCAAGUCCUGCUUGCGGACUUCCCACCGGGGAAUCUCUUUGGACCACUGUGAGGACAGGAUCCUGGUCUAGUGGGUCCAUUGGCCUGAUCUCUCAAGCUCUCCUUACACCCUUUUCGAUUUACAAAGAGAGAGAUGCUUACAAUCUGGAAAUGCAGGCAGAUGGAAGGGAACAGAAAUGGAGGCAGGGUUUAAACAGGCGAGCGGGUGUGCAGCAGUUUGACAUAUCCGGGCUCUGUUGUCAUCAUAUUGGUCAUACCAUUGCCUUUAGCUUUUCACUACUUUGCUGAUUGCCCUGGAAAUGCUUCUCCUUUGGAACGGUGGCCAUCCUUAAUAGACGAAAUAAAGCGCCCGUUCCCAACCGCUCUCUCUGCUUCCUCUGCAGGUGGUUGCUGCGGUUCGGACGAGAAGCAGUAUGUCUACGGGGGCUGGGCCUGGGCCUGGUGGUGCAUCUCUGACACGCAGAGGUAAGGAGGGGAGCACCCUCAUCGCUGGGGGAGGGGGGCAGGCGGCUUUGUGUCAAGGCCCAGCUAGAUGUGACUGUGCUGCUUUCCCACAUGCUCCUGUAUCAAGUGGCUCCUCGUGACUCCCGAAGACCCCCAUCUUCCGAGGGCUCCCCUCCCUCUAAGUUGAGUUGCUGCAAGGCAAAGGGCGAGGUAGCGUCCCCUUGGUUAAAGCUGGCCGGGCGACAGGGUGAUACCAUUUGGGGAAGGCCCAUAGCUCAGCGGUAGAGCAUACACUUUGCAGACAGCGGGUCCCAGGUUCAGUUCUGGGGAACUCCAGGUAGGAAUGGGACAGAUGCUCUGCCUGAAUCCUUGAAGAGUCUACCGGUCAGUGUAGACAAUACUGAACUAGAUGGACCAGUCAUCUCACUCAGUGUAAGGCGUCUUCCUGCAUAUCGUUCUCCACCGCAAGGGGAACGAACGCUGUUCUCCCUUCCAAUGCCCUUCUGUCACUUCCGUGCUUCUGAAUACCAGCUGCAGGAAACAGCAGGAGGGGAGAGUGUUCUUGCACCCGGAGUUCUGCUUGUGGGUUUCCUACUGGAAUUGGUUGGCCCCUGUGAGAACAGGAUGCUGCUCUAGAUGGGCCAUGGGCCUGAUCCCGCAGGGCUCUUCUUAUGUUAUUAUGCCCAUCUGCUGCCUGAAGCAGCCCCUUCUCUCUUCCCAACAAGGAAUGGUGAAAAGCCUCUGGAGCAACUGAUUUCAGGCAGAGAGGUUCAGAACCUUUAUGCAAACACUUUUUGCUGUUAAACUAAUAGCCCCCUUCCAAAAAAACCCCUCCUUUAACUGUGAAAGGGACAGCAUUGUGACAGAUGGUCUGUUGCCUCUGGUCAACGGUGCCUUUACUCACACAUCUUCCCUGGUUCAGGGGCACUUUGGUCUUAAUGAUAAAAGUAAUGAAUGGGAGACAUCAUAUCUAUUUUGGGAACAUGUAUAGGGACAUACGAUCUCCAGACUCAGCCAGAAAGGAUUUAUUUCAUACACACUGAGGCCUGCAACCCCCAGAACUUUUCCCCAGCAAUCCACUCCAUUAUGGUAGUUGUGGGGCAUUUUGUUAAUAUUUUAAAGCUGCCACAUUUGAGGCACAUUCACCCUGCAGCAGAUCUGAGCGCUGAUUUGCUGUCACGGUUCCUUUCCUUCUCCCUCCACCUCCCUAUAAUCCAGGAAAUUGAUUUGUCAGGUAGUUCGUAUCACAGAGCUGCCGUUUCUUGGAUCCAUUUCCUUUGGACCAUUUUGGCAAAAAAAGAAAACUGUCCUUGAGACCAGCUUAAAUUUGUAACCUUGACAUGAUUCAAAUGCCCCCCAAACCACAGGCUUGGACACACUAGUGUUGUUCAAGGCCCAUGUAGUGAUGUUAAACUCUCGGGAAUAAUCUUUUGGAGAAUAUUCUUGAUUAAUGAGAAUAUUAGAGAAGACUCAUUUAAAAUAGGAGAAUAUUCAUUUUAAUGCAUUGAAAAUGAUAUAAUUUUAAUAAUUGAAAAUGGUAUAAUUAGCUAAUAUAGUUGAUAAACAAAACUAUAUGCAUACAUACAAAAAGAAUCCAUUAACAUUAAAUGUAUUAUUAUAUGAUAAUAUAUUUCAGUAUGUCAAUCUCUGGUAAGUGGCACCUUGUACCAUUGAAUGGCACUGCAAAAACUUUAUUUAUUUACUGGCACUAAAUAAAAAUAUAGAAAUGUCAACUGUUUAAAUCAAGCCCACCUCACAUAAUUUUAAGUGUAUAAAGGUACUUCAAGUGUAUAAAGCGUUAAAGAUACUUUCUGUUAAAAAAAGAAAAACAAAACAAAACACUGUAUGGCCAAGGGCAUAGAAUUGCUAAGAAUAAGGUCACACCAAAAUAGAAAAAAGGUUAUUACAUAUAGUUGAAAUACAUACAAAUUCAAAUGUUCAUCAAAUUAAAUGAAUAGCAUUUUUAAAAUUAAAAAAACCCUGUUUUCUGUAGUUCACAUUUCAGAACUGCCAAUGGUGAAUGACAGUAAUGUAACUGGAUCAAAAAAAAAAUAUCAUCAUUCAUUACUUACACUGGCAAUGUCACAGCUUGACUUAUAAUUUACUAGAUUUUUUAAAAGUGGGUUGUAAAACUGGUUCUGACAUUAGAAUUUACAGUGUGGAGAAUAUUCUCCGGAGAUUUUCUAGCAGAGAAUUUUCUCAUUUUCAAUAAUAUUUGUGGGGGUGCAACAGAAAAAUAGCAGCCUUGCAUGUUUAUUAGCCUUGCGCACAUAACAUCAUGUUGCAUAUACACGUGUAGCACACGGGUGGAAACAGCUAGGGUUUGCAUAUCUAAUAAUAACUAUUCUCUACCAGGACAUAACUCCAGACAGCAUGACAGCCACGUAGGCUUUGUGGUUAAGCAGCUCGACACUGACCCGGGCGGGUGGGGAAACAAGUCAACAGAUGUUUCCUCUUGCACAAUCUUGCACAAGGCUGCUAUUUUCUAUUGCACCCCCACAAAUAUUCUCACCUCACCUUACUAGGCCCGUGCAGAACUUGCCAUGAGAAACAGCAUUACGUAGGUAACAACUAGAGCUCAGAGAAGAGGCUGCCUGCUGCAGCUCUGGAGGUUUCCAGGCUCUGGGGUUGCCUCCUUCCAUUGCUCCCAGUGAAGAGGCACACUAGAAUCAUUUGACCUUGGAAGAAGCUUCCCGUUGCAUCUCUGUGCAACUCACUGGCCUCAGAACAGAGACUCAUGGGUACAGGCCCCUCUUACGAGUGACUGGUUUCUUUCACACGCCGAAUCGAAACGUGUUGGAUCAAAUCCACACCCCCAAAUAAAACUCUACCGCUUCUAGCUAAAUUGGGGAGGACGCCACCAACUUCCUUCCUUUUGCCUUUACCCACAAUGCAAGAGAAGGAGAGAGAGCCUGGUUGCUGGUUGGCCAGAGGGCAGGAGAGGUGUGCUCUGUGGCCAGCAGGUGAUGCUGGGGCAGGUGCAUUCCUCAGGUCAGGUGACCUUCUGCAUCUGGGAGACUCCGACCCAGAGGAGGUGUGUUGUGGCAUCCUGUGGGCUGGGGCAGAUCCCUUUGCCAGCCUUCUUAAGGGGAGGGGGAUCUCCCCUUCACCCCCCACCAUGUGUGUAUCUCUCUCUCUCUCUCUCUCUCUCUCUCUCUCUCUCUGCCUUAACUGUGAAUGUUGCCUUGCUGUGUGUCUCUUGCGUAGCCUAACAGACUAACUGUUUUCUGUGAUGCUGUCGCUGCUGCUGCUGUCCUGAAGCACAUUGUGUGUAGUCCACAGGGUCCGUGGAGGGGGGGGGCUGGGGAAUGGGGGGGAAUCCACAGCAUGUGCAAAUAAUCACCCUAACACCUGUGGGGGCGUCUCUGCCUCUGCAGGCACUAACAAGGAAAGGAGAAAGACGGGACUCUCUGGGUUUGCUGCAGGAGGAGCAGAGAUCUGCAGUGGGUGGAUAGAUUUGGGUCUCUCUCCCUGCAGGGGUUGCCACACAAGGGUGGGGUUGCCAUAUCUUAGACUGUGUUAUGCAGCUGGGCACUCCCCUCUCUUGCAAGAUGAUUGCCAGAAAUUUACUAAAAUUCAGGUAAAUUCAAUUUGUAUCUUGCCCUUCCUCCCAAAGGAGCCCAGGGCGGCAAACGCAUCCGUGAUUUUUUUAAAAAAAAACACCAUUCCAGAUAAUAAUAAUUCUAAUAGAGAAAAUGCAUUCUGAAACAGUUAAAAAACGUACUCCCAGCCAGUGAUUUGGGGAAUGCCAGGAACAGUGUUGUUUGGCCAACAACACAAAUAUUCUAUAAGUCAGCAGAGAAGCACGCCUCACCAGGGAGGGCAUUCUGCAGAUUGGGGGCCACCACAGAAAGGCACUGCCGUGGCUCAACACCAGCCAGACAGCCCCAGUGUAUGAAAGCCAUUCAAGAAUAAAAAAAUUCCUUCCAGUAGCACCUUAGAGACCAGCUAAGUUUGUUACUGGUAUGAGCUUUCGUGUGCAUGGUCUCUAAGGUGCUACUGGAAGGAAUUUUUUUAUUUUGUUUCGACUACGGCAGACCAACACGGCUACCUACCUGUAACCAUUCGAGAAUAAUGUUGUCGUUUAGUCGUGUCCGACUCUUCGUGACCCCAUGGACCAGAGCACGCCAGGCACUCCCUGUCUUCUCAAGAAUAAUAUAUAUAUAUAUUUAAAAUCUAAACCAGUGAAAGCUUAAGCUCAAAAGUAAAACCACCUCAGCUGCAGUUACAAAUAGAAAAAGCAGGGUUUCCCCGAUCCCAGUGAAAGCGUGAUGAGAAAAAGGGCCCUUUAAACCUGCUAUACAGGUAAACAGAGCAGAGCAGUCCAGGGUGGGGAUGAUGCUUUCAUAAUUGGGGAGUCCUUUGGGGAGGAUGUGUGUGUAUGUUGGGGGUUGUACCCAGAGUAGGGCAGCUUCUUUGGGGGCAACGGUGGCCUUGGCUCAGCAUUGCCUCCUUCAAAUACCCGGCCCCUCUUGCCCCAAGAUGCAACCCCCACCCCGGAGUCCCGUCUUUCCUCCUUGGCAAAUUCUGGUGUUCUCUUGCUCUCUGGUAACCACCACCUUUGUGUGUUUGCUGUCCUACCUUUAUUUAUCACUGUUCAGACUGUCUUUGGAGGUUAUGACCAUCCUUUGUCGCUGUGAGAAUAUUGAGACGUCGGAGGGGGUCCCACUGUACGUAACGGGGGUCGCACAGGUAAUAAUCUGCCCGCUUCUAACCUCUUGUCCCUAACCGGUCUCCUUCUCUCCAUUCUUUCUCACGCAGCGGCAGAGCAGCAAGCAGCGACCGUGGCGGCACAAGGACUUGAGUGCUUGCUCUUCUUAAUAUAUUUUUUCCUUUCUCUAGCGGCCGCUCUCGGCACCAGCCCUUUCUCCUUCGCCUUCCUCCUCCCCCUUGUCUCUGGCUCUUGCUACCUGCUGUUGCACCCCAUGGUAAUGGAGAGAGAGAGAGGGAGAGAGAGAUGCAUGCAAAAGCUCUUCCAAAAUUCUCACAGGGUUCUGGGAACAUGGCUAGCAUCUGCUCGUCCACUCCCUCCGCCUGUCCCCCUCGCCAUUGCCAUAUCCACCUGCUUCACCAGCCUCACACAGGGACAGGAAGGCAGCUCUGGGAGAGGGGGGGAAAGAGGGGCCUAGGAUCCUACCCCUUAGGGACAUAGGAGACUUCCUGGGCCAGUCCCAGAGCAGGCUGUCCUGUGGCACCUGAAAUGUGUCAGGAAAAAUACAUCCCCUGCCCUCCCCCGCCAAGGGCAGAUCACCCUGAGCUGGAUGCACCAACCUUCUGACUCACUGCAAAGCACCUUCCUGUGUCCUGUCCCUGAUUGACAGCAGCUCUCCAGCAUUUCUGGCAGAGAAGGGUCUUCCCUGCCACUAGCCCUUCUCUAAGUUUGGGAGGCUGCCUCCAUGCAAAGCAGGUGCUCUGCCCCCCCCCCCCCCCGUCAGCAGUAGGGUGCUUGGUUGGCCAAGUCGACUCCGUGAGCUGAACACACCACCCAUCAGGUGAAAAGCACACACCUGCCAGGUGCGUUUGCUUCUCCGAAGCUUCGAUCCCAACCUCCCCCAGCCAGGGCUUUGCUUCCAGCAUCCCUGACCAUUGGCCAUGCUGGCCACCCACCCUGAUGGGAGUUGGGAGUCCAGCAACAAUGGCAGGGCACCUGGCCAGAGGAAGGUUGAUAACAACUAUACUCGGUCCCUUUCUCUUCCCUCCAGGGACAUAGUAUAACCGUGGAGGGAAUCAGAUGUUUCCACUUAGGCAGCAGAAGGCCCUCUGUAAUCUGUGACAGGCCCCCCUGCCUUCUGUAGUACCUGCAGCUCAGCUCAUAGGAACAAAAGCCAGCCCAAAUGGGGGGUGGCUUUUAAAUCCUAACUCCCCAAAGAUUUUCCUCCACCUCGGAGGAAACCCAAUAUUUCCCCCACAUCUAGACAGUCUCCAAGGGUGACCCCAGCACACUACGGUAGCCUAGCCUCAGCCUCAGCCUCACAGGGGGUCCUUCCUUGCCUUUUGAUGAUGCUCAGGUUCAUAAACCAGCCAACAUCCCAGGGGCCUUUUUCAAAAGCCUGCUUCCUCAGUCCUUUGCCCAGGCAGCUUCCAAUGCUGACCUUCUGUGUAGACACCCUAGGGUGCUUCAGGCAGGCAGCUGUCCUUCUGAGGCCUGAGAAGCAGGAGGGGCCGCCCUUCUUCUGGGAGGGGAAACCUCUCAGUGGGGCCCCGUUGUGUUUACCUGAUCCAUGUGGCUUCAAGGCUUUUCUCCACUGGCUUCCAACCCAGCCAAGCGGCCCUCGUUUUUUUAGGGCUGGGGGUGGGGGAGGGAGCCCCCUCUAAUUUUUUGGCCAGGCAGCCGUACAUCUUGCAUCUGCAUUACCUGGGAGGAAAGCAGCAGGUGGCCCCGAGCCACAGGGGAAGAGAGCUGAGCCUGUUACCUGGAAACGUGCCAAUGUUUUACGUUUUUUGGCAGGAUUUCCCUAGAGAUAAUGACGUUACAGCCCAGGUGCGAGGACGUAGAGACGGCGGAGGGGGUAGCUUUAACUGUCACAGGUGUGGCCCAGGUACAGUAACUUGAAAACACCUCCUUUCAGGAAUGCAUGCCUCUGUAACCCUUCCUGGUCUCUCCCUCCCAGGAGGCCGCUCUAGCCCAGGGGAGCGAGAGAGGCGCUGUCUGCUCCGAAAACACCGGCCCUUUGUUCGAUAGCUGAUUCUCACCCCCACCCUCCACCGCCAGUUCACCGCUGCAUGGUCCCCCACCCACGAGGCCCUUGCUUCUCUCCCACCUGGGCAGCAGAGGGCGCUGUCGCCACUUGUGAAAAAGCCACACGCACCCCUGCUCCUGGGCUGUUGCACUGCCACCCUUGGUCUGAACUCAUGCUGGUCUGGAAUAUUUCUUCGGUGUUUUCUCCCCCUACAUAUGCAAAUGUUCUGAUGGUGGUGGGCCUGAAACCACAUGGAGCUACUGGUUUUCCUGGAGGGCCUCUUUGGAGCAGAGUGUGGUGAGCUGGCCCCACCCACCCCUGCGUCGCUGUUGUUUCCCGAAGGCUGUAGCUAGCAAAAAAAAACCCUUGCCCCAGCUUCUGCUCCUUCCAUGGACCCCUUAGGUUUGGCCCAGUCAUCUGGUCUACCGCAGGGAUAGGGGCACUCCUGUUGUCCACCAAAAGUCACUGGGCUACCGUCACCCCAGACCAUUGGCCAGAGCUCCAGACCUGGCCCAGCUCCUGAGCUGGUGCUUCGUCCACCCUCUGUCUCUGGAGUGCCGCUGGGCGCAGGGUCAUCACAGCAGUGGAUCCUUUUUGCAGCCAGAAAUGUUGCAAGUUUAGCAAGACACUCAGCCCUCCCACCCCGCAAGUACCAGCUAACUCAUUCCGAGUCUGGUUUUCUGCAAUUUUCUUCCAUAGGCAAGCACCCACAAAUGCCAGAGGCGCAAGCCCCCUUUAAAAACCGGGUGUGAGGCAGAGGGCCUUCUUGGUCGAGGCGUCUGCCCUCGCAUCGGAUGUCAAACAGAUAAUGAACUAUAUUAAUUUUAGAAGAUAUCUGGAGGCAGCCCUGUACAGGGAGGUUUUUAACGUUUGAGGCUUUAUUGUGUUUUUAAUAUUGUGCUGAGAGCCACCCAGAGUGACUGAGGCAAUCCAGGCAGAUGAGUGGCCUAUAAAUAAUAAAAGUAUUAUUAUUAAAAUAUUAUUACUUCAGCCAUGCUUGUCCAGCAGGAACUUCCCUUGAACAGGGACCUGAACAUCGUGGCUAAUCUCCACGGUCUUAUUGGGAAGACGAAGGGAAGGUCCGUAACUCAGUGGGCAGAGCAUCCAUUUUGCAUGCAGAAGAUUCAGCCUCCACCUGCAUCUUCAGGCUGGAGAGAAUAUCCCAGUCUUGAAAUCCUGGAGAGCCAUUGCUGCCGGUCAGUGCAAGCAGUACUGAGAUCGAUGGACCCAGGGGUCUGAGUCUAAGGCAGCUUCCUGUGUCCCUGCAGUGCUUUGCGAGGUGAUUCCCACUGUUCACCCCACCCCACCCUGGCCCCUUUUAUAGUUCCAGGAGGGGCAAAGUGGCAGGGUGAGGCUGGAAGCUUCCCAAGAGCACCCUUCCAUCUUAUUUUCAGGGAAUAGGGACGUGGAUUUCAGGCAGGCCAAUAGAAUGGGGGGCGGGAGAUUCAGCUGAUGGCGUCCCAUCAGCGGAAGCCCUGCCCAAGGGCUGGCACAAUGAGGCUUCCACCCCCCUCCUUUCCCCACGUUCCCCACCCUAAUUGGCUCUUGGAAGAGUUGUCAAGAGAACCCCCAGAACAGCGCAGAGGAGAGCAGGGAUUGUUCAGUGGGGCAAGUAAAUAUGCUUGCCCUGGGGGAAGUUUCUCCUUAAUAAGGCACUGGGAUUCCUCCCAUCACAUCUGUCUCCUCUCCCUUUUCCUCCCGUCUUUAUUUUUGAGUUUUCUCUGGGGUUGUGCGAUGUGGCAAUGAACUCCUGGCUUCCCCAAUUAAAACAGCUGUAGGAUUUUUAUUUUUUAAAAGUUCAUUGCCUUCGUAAUCCCAGCUGUGUUAACAUUAAUAAAGCCUCUGUCUCCUGCUAUUUUAUGUAUAUUUUAUCAAGCCUGCUGGCCGGCUCACAUUUUUAAUUUGCUUUUUAAUUUUUUAAUUAUUUUUUUUUAAAAACAACCUCCUCCUGGGAAUGUUUUUUUCUUUUUCUUUCUGUGCCAUUUGGGUGCAUUCUCUUUCCUACCAGGCCAGACGAGAGAAGGAAUUAUGAGGUUGUAUCCGAUGUUAUUUCUGCUCAGAGUACACCAACUGAAGUGACAGGAAUGACUGAAUGAGAUGCAUCAGUUUAAUAGGUCUGCUCUGAGCAGAAUCUAGUUGGCUAAGACCCCUAAAGGCUAAAGGAGGCGGCGGGGGGGAGAAACUUGAACCUUAGGAGCGGCCCCAGGAUGGGAGAGUGAAAUUAUGUCCAGCCUACACAGACAUACAGGCUUACUUCCUUCCUGGUGGAUAACCUGCAGAGUCCAGUACAGACCACCACCACCCAAACUUCCCUGGCUCAUUUUUUGCAGUUGGGAUAAACAGCUACCCCCUUCCUGCCGAUCUCAAGUGGCGCUUGCAAUCCCCAAACGGAAUAAUCAGCUGAAACUGGUACAAGAGAGGCUUGCUGGCUUUUCACCAGCUUGUACCAUCCACUGAGAUCCAGCUCCAAGGGCCUUCUGGCGGUUCCCUCAUUCUGAGACGUGAGGUUACAGGGAACCAGGCAGAGGGCCUUCUCGGUGGUGGCGCCUGCCCUGUGGAACGCCCUCACACCAGAUGUGAAGGAAAUAAGCAGCUAUCUUCUCUUAUUUAAAAGACAUCUGAAGGCAGCCCUGUUUAGGGAAGUUUUUAAUAUUUAAUGCUGUAUUGUUUUUAACACUCGAUUGGAAGCCGCCCAGAGUGGCUGGGGAAACUCGGCCAGAUGGGCGGGGUGUAAAUAAUAAAUUAUUAUUAUUAUUAUUAUUAUUAUUAUUAUUAUUAAUUUCGGGAGAAAGAGAAAAGCACUCAGGUGAUCUGGCCGGCCUGCUUACUCUCAAGAGUUUUAAGGAAAUGACUUUUUGGGAGGGGGGGUGGGAGAGCAGAAGCAAGUUUGCAUACAUUCUGACAUUAUGAUGCCAAACCUUCUGAAUUGUUCAUGCAGGGGUGCUUUUGAGCUCCGUGUGCAAUGGGUUGAUGCCUCAGAUGCCUCCCUCCGGCAGGGGUGAGAGGGGGGUGGGCUCCUGGUUUUGCUUACAGCAGGUGGGGGACCCUGUGGCCCUCCAGCUGUUGCUGGCCUCCAACUCCCAAGUUUCCAAGGGAAGGAUGGGAGCUGGUGCCCAGCAACAUCUGGGGAGGGGUGGCGAUGCCCCCACACCUGGCUUGCAGCAUGUCCUCCUCUUGGAUGCAGAGCUAGGGUGCCGGGGCCCCCAGAACCUGUGGCCUUGCUGCUUUGAGGCUGCUUCCUCUGGGGCCACCCAUUCUGUUGGUUUGCUCUCCAGGAUCAGGAAGCGAUGCAAAGAGUUUUAAAAUCAGGUACAGGGUUCCCUGCAGCCUGCCUCCUAACAAAAACUCCCGGUUUGCUGCUGAUGGGUAUGAAGAGGGCUCCUGGUGACCUGAUCCUUGUGGGGCAGAGCUGAGCCGAGCCACCCCAAGGGUGCCCCAGUGGUCACAGGCUCUGCUUCUGUCACUAGCCUAUCACUUCGUUGACCGUAUUGACCCCUUUGCGGCUCACGUCAAAUGUCUUCUUCUUUUCUCUCUCUCUCUUUGCCUGCAGGUGAAAAUCCUGACCGAGAGGGAGCUUCUCGCGGUGGCUUGUGAGCAGUUCUUGGGCAAGAACGUGCAGGACAUCAAGAAUGUGGUCCUCCAGACGCUGGAAGGGCACCUGCGCUCCAUCCUAGGUGGGGGGCGUGGCUGGGGGGGCGCCCUCUCUCGCUUCGCAUAAACGUCUGGAAAUAAGCGGCUGCAAGGAUUGGUGUUCCCAACACUGUUUCAGUAGCAUUUUUUUUGUCAAGGGCGAAAACAUACGUAAAAGUAACUGGGAUAUUAAAUGCAGUGUUACAUACAUUUAACUGCUUGGUCGCAUUCAAAAUGUCGUAAAUACACAGGUGGUGCUUUUAUUGUGUGAAGCUGACGGUUCUUUAAUCUGAGGCAAUGGCAGUCUUCAACUUAUUAUGGAAGAGUAAUGGAAGCUGUGGUUUCUACAGUUCUAGGCUGCAUCAACAGAGGUCUUGUGUCCAGGUCAAGGGAAGUCAUAGUACCCCUCUAUUCUGCCUUGGUCAGACCACACCUGAGGUACUGUGUCCAGUUCUGGGCACCACAAUUUAAGAAGGAUGUUGACAGACUGGAAGGUGGGCAGAGGAGGGCAACCAGGAUGAUCAAGGGCCUGUAAACCAAGCCUGAUGAGGAGCAGUUGAGGGAGUUGGGUAUGUUUAAACUGGGAAAGAGGAGGUGGAGAGGAGACAGGAUGGCCAUCUUCCAAUAUCUGAAGGGCUGUCCCAUGGAAGAGUGAGCAAGAUUGUUUUCCCCUGCUCUGGAAGGUAAGACUCGGACCAAUGGAUUCAAGUUACAAGAAAGGAGAUUCCCACUAAACAUCAGGAAGAACUUUCUGAUGAUAAGAGCUGUUCACACUGGAAUGAAUUCCCCCUGCAAGUUUCCUUAAUUGGAGGUUUUUAAGCAGAGAUUAGAUGGCCACCUGUCACGGAUGCUUUGAGAUUCCUGCCUUGGGGCUGGACUAGAUGACCCUUGGGGUCCCUGAGCCAAUUCUACAAUUCUACCGACUCUACAGGAGUAUCCCUAUUUUCCAGUUGUAAAUAAUUUUUUAGAUAUAUUUAGUGAGUUUUAUCAAGCGUUCGCACAUUGUAGAGCAUGUUGGAACGAUGUUUUUGGGUUUUCCGUGCUUUGUUGCUUAUUGAUUAUGUCAGGGCAUUGUGAUUGCUUGCAACUUAGGUAAGGAAUGUUUUUCAUUACCUUCCAAUUCCUUUUACAUACGAUUCCCCUGGACAUAAUAAAAAAAGUACUGUUGAAUUGCAGUCCUUUCGACUUCAGUGUGCAUGUGGCUGUCUGAGAAGAGCUAGCUAAACUCUUUGCUCCUUGGGUAGCAUAACCAUUGACUCCAUCUGCGCUAUUAUAUGUUUAAAGCAGCAUUGCACCCCUUUAAACGUUCAUGGCGCCCCCCAAAGAACUCUGGGAGCUGCAGUCUGUUCAGGGUGCUGAGAGUUGUUAGGAGACCCCUGUUCACCUCCCGCAGCUGCAAUGCCCAGAGUGGUUUAACAAUCAAUCCUUCCCAGGGAAUGCUGGGGAUGGUAGUUCUUUGAGGAGCAUAAGGUUCUUGGGAACAACUCUGAGCACCCUUAAUAAAUUACACAUCCCAAGAUCUUUAGCGAGCAAGCCAUGACUGUUCGAAGCAGUACAAUGGCUGGUUUAGAUGUUUAGUGCAGAUGGGACCUUUCCUUCUGCUCACUUGGCUUGGCAGAAGCACAUGCCGUAUGGGCGUCUCCUGGACUCCCUCCUUCGUAGCCACUUUGCCUCCGUCGUGCCAGCCACCAUCUUGUCUUCUGCCUCCCCCUUCUGCAGGGACCUUGACCGUCGAGCAGAUCUACCAGGACAGGGACCAAUUUGCCAAGCUCGUGCGGGAAGUGGCGGCUCCUGAUGUGGGCCGGAUGGGCAUCGAGAUCCUGAGUUUCACUAUCAAGGUACGAGCCGCGUCCCUUUUUGAAUUAGCCCUCACUGCCUCCUGUGGGAAGGAGUUCCGCAGUCUAACUCUGCGCUGCGUGAAGAAGUGCUUCCUUUUAUCUGCUCUGACCCUCCAACCUGCAGCUUCGUUGGAGGCCCAUGGGUUCUAGGAUUAUGAGAGAGGGAGGAAAACCUCCAUCCAAUGUCUCCAUGCCAGACAUCAUUUUAUAUGCCUCUCGUCAUGUCUGAUCAUCCGUUUCAAUACCCCAGAAAGGCCUUUGUUGCUUAGUGGAUUAUUCAAAUACAUAGGAAGCUGCCGUACACAGAGUCAGACCAUCUAGCUCAGUGCUGCCUGCACUAACUGGCAGCAGCAGCUGUCCAAGGGGUCUCUCCCAGCGCUACUCUGAGAUGCCAUUAGGGAUUGAACCCAGGGCCUUCUGCAUGCUACACAGGGGCUCGGACGCUGAACUACGGCCCUUUACCUUGGAGAGGCAGGGAAGUUCCCUGUCUGCAUUCCUGUCCGCUGAGCUACGUCUCUCUCUCUCUCUCUCAUGUUUCCUGAAUGGAGCAAUUUCUCUCCUCCCCACGCAGGAUGUCUACGAUAAAGUCAGCUACCUGAGCUCACUAGGGAAGACCCAGACCGCCGUGGUGCAGAGAGACGCCGACAUUGGGGUGGCCGAGGCAGAGCGAGACGCCGGCAUCCGGGUACGUCAAAUGGCGCAGGAGGAGAGGAGAAGCCCGUCUUAUUCUCCUGCCCAGGCUCCAGCGUCACUCUGAGCGUGGUCAGCUGACCUCUGCCUUCUGACUGUUUUCCUCCUGCAGGAGGCAGAAUACAAGAGAGAAAUGCUGGAUGUGAAGUUCAUGGCAGACACCAAGGUGGCCGACUCGAAGCGUGCCUUCGAAAUGCAGAAAGCCGCCUUCAGCCAAGAGAUCAACAUAAAGGUGCGUGGAGAGGGUUGGGACUCAGAGGAGCAUUUUGGGGCUUCGGUAGAAAGGACUUUCUAACUUCUGGGGUGGGUAGGUGUAGGAGCCAGAGUGUUCACCAACCACCACGGUGUUUGAGAAAUUGGUUUGUCUGAGAUGGCUCCGCACGGCUGCUGCCUGCCCACAGCAGAGACACAAUACUGGGUGGUGUGCAGGCAGGAUAAAAAUUGGCAAGUGGUUUCCGUGACAAAAGGGAAGAAUAAAUAGGUUGUGGAGCGGAGACCUGGGAGAGGAGGCUAGUUGAGUUCCAGGCCCCAAGUUCCAAGUGUUAAUAUUAGUAUAUAAAGCCUUUAACAGCUUGAGACCAGCUUACCUGUGAAAUCACCCUUUCCCAUAUGCACCCACUCAACCUGCUUUGAUCGGUGGAACUGACUCUGUUACAGGCACUCUGUAUUCCCUGUUCUGCAUUUGUAAGAACUCGAUCUUUUAGUGGGGCAGCACCUACACUUUGGAACUCCCUGCCUAUUGAUACCAGGCAGGCAAGGAGUCUUCAGGCCCCUGCUACGAAUUCUUGUUUUGACAAGCCUGCACUGACGUUUAGACACCUGAUGCAAGUUCUAAUCUGCUUUUAGUCUAUAGUCCAUUGCAACUUGAAAGUCUUGAGUUAUUGUGGUUAAUUCUUUUUAUUGAUAAUUUAUUGAGGUUGUUGUUUUUCACAGUCAAGUGACAUAUAAGUUAAAGUGAAUUUACAAUUUGCAGAGAGGGGGUGAGGACAUCGUCACACAAGGACAGGGGAAUGUAGGAUGCUGGUGUAACCCAGCCCUGAGCCUCAGAGUGACGUAUAGGGCUCAUCAGGAUGAUGUGGGGGCUUUUUGUCAAUUGCAGGCCGUGUAACCUCCUUGUGGCCCCUUCCCCAUCUCUUUGCAGACGGCGCAGGCCCAGCUGGCGUACGAGCUGCAAGGAGCCAAAGAGCAGCAGAAGAUCCGCCAAGAGGAGAUCGAGAUUGAGGUCGUGCAGCGCCGGAAGCAGAUAGACGUUGAGGAACAGGAGGUCAUCCGCAUGGACAAGGAGCUCAUCGCCACUGUCAAGUUGCCAGCGGAAGCAGAGGCGCACCGCAUGCAGGAGAUUGCCGAGGGAGAGAAGUGAGUGGGGGUGCAGGGUGGGAUUUCCCUUCCUCAGGGGGCCUUGCGCAGCCAGAGGGGCCUGGGGAUGUGUCCCCAAGUAAAGCUUCCCAUGGACCCCCCUGUGAGAACUUUUGCUGUGUGGAGGGUUUGGAAAGCCCCUGCUCUGAGCCACCGCUGGAGGAGGCGUCCCACUCUUAGGCCUUGUGUGCCCCACAUCCUAGGGGGAAGACUCAGACAAAGCUCUCUCCCUCUCAAGGGUGAAGCAGGUGCUGAUCGCUCGGGCCGAAGGGGAGAAGAUCCGCAAGAUCGGAGAGGCGGAGGCCCUGGUGAUCGAGGCCAUUGGCAAAGCGGAGGCUGAGAAGAUGAAGCUCAAGGCAGAGGCCUACCAGCAGUAUGGGGAGGCAGCCAAGAUGGCCUUGGUCCUGGACGCCCUGCCCCAGGUGAGGAGGCUGAUGGGGAUGGGGGGCGGAGAGAGAGAGAGCUGCCUGCCUCUCUCCCCCUGGGGUCUGCGCCUGGAUCCUGACACACUGCCUUCUCUCUCUCUCUCUCUGUCCCUCUCAGAUUGCUGCCAAGGUGGCCGCACCUCUCUCAAAGGUGGAUGAAAUCGUCAUCCUCAGCGGGGAAAACAACAAGAUGACUACGGAUGUGAACCGGCUGCUGGCUGAGCUCCCUGCGUCCGUCCAUGCCCUCACAGGGGUCGACCUCUCCAAGGUGAGGUGGGCAGGGCAGACAGGAACAGUCUGCCUGCCCUUUGAAAUAUAUAUACUUUAAAUGCUGCUUUAAUUACUGCUUCUUUUCUUAACUGGAGCUCACAGCAGAUGGGCCAUUGGCCUGAUCCAGCAGGCUCUUCUUUCUUCAAUACCAGAACUCAUUGGAGACACUGGUGAAGCUGAAUGAUGGGGGUUCAGGAGGGACAAAAGGGAGUCCUCAUUCUCACAGCAUAUACUUGAACAAUGGCAUUGACGGCCACACAACAUCCAGUGUUAGUGGUCCAAACGAGUGGGUUUAUUUUUAUUAUUGAAUUAAUUUCUAUACUGCCCUUCAUCUGAGGAUCAUAGGGCAGUUUAUAAGAUAAAAACAUCAAAAUACGUAGUAUAGUAACAAACAGAAAUAAUAAUUGCCCCACCACACGAAGGAAUGUUCUUGCCUGGCACCUAAAGAUAUGGAACAAGGGCAACAGGUGAGCGGAUUAAGGAAUUGUCUUGGAGGAUAUGGCUGUUGGGCUACCAGCCACAAUGCCCCUGUGGCAGUGUUGGAGACAGUACAGGUGAAACUCGAAAAAUUAGAAUAUCGUGGAAAAGUUCGUUUAUUUCAGUAAUUCAGCUUAAAAGGUGAAACUAAUAUAUGAGAUAGACUCAUGACAUGCAAAGCGAGAUAUGUCAAGCCUUUAUUUGUUAUAAUUGUGAUGAUUAUGGCGUACAGCUGAUGAAAACCCCAAAUUAACAAUCUCAGAAAAUUAGAUUAUUGUGAAAAGCUACAGUAGCUAUUCAGUCCAUAACACCUGCAAUGGGUUCCUGAGCCUUUAAAUGGUUUCUCAUAGAAUCAUAGAGUUGGAAGAGACCACAAGGGCCAUCGAGUCCAACCCCCUGCCAAGCAGGAAACACCAUCAGAGCACUCCUGACAUAUGGUUGUCAAGCCUCUGCUUAAAGACCUCCAAAGAAGGAGACUCCACCACACUCCUUGGCAGCAAAUUCCACUGUCGAACAGCUCUUACUGUCAGGAAGUUCUUCCUAAUGUUUAGGUGGAAUCUUCUUUCUUGUAGUUUGGAUCCAUUGCUCCGGGUCCGCUUCUCUGGAGCAGCAGAAAACAACCUUUCUCCCUCCUCUAUGUGACAUCCUUUUAUAUAUUUGAACAUGGCUAUCAUAUCACUCCUUAACCUCCUCUUCUCCAGGCUAAACAUGCCCAGCUCCCUUAGCCGUUCCUCAUAAGGCAUCGUUUCCAGGCCUUUGACCAUUUUGGUUGCCCUCCUCUGGACACGUUCCAGUUUGUCAGUGUCCUUCUUGAACUGUGGUGCCCAGAACUGGACACAGUACUCCAGGUGAGGGCUGACCAGAGCAGAAUACAGUGGCACUAUUACUUCCCUUGAUCUAGAUGCUAUACUCCUAUUGAUGAGGCCCAGAAUUGCAUUGGCUUUUUUAGCUGCCGCGUCACACUGUUGGCUCAUGUCAAGUUUGUGGUCAACCAAGACUCCUAGACUCCUUUCACAUGUACUGCUCUCAAGCCAGGUGUCACCCAUCUUGUAUUUGUGCCUCUCAUCUUUUCGCCCAAGUGCAAUACUUUACAUUUCUCCCUGUUAAAAUUCAUCUUGUUUGUUUUUGCCCAGUUCUCUAAUCUGUCAAGGUCGUUUUGAAGUGUGAUCCUGUCCUCUGGGGUGUUAGCCACCCCUCCCAGUUUGGUGUCAUCUGCAAAUUUGAUCAGGAUGCCCUUGAGUCCAUCAUCCAAGUCGUUGAUAAAGAUGUUGAAUAAGACCGGGCCCAAGACAGAACCCUGUGGCACCCCACUAGUCACUCUCAGUCGGGUUCAGUAGGAAGCACAAUCAUGGGGAAGGCUGCUGACCUGACAGUUGUGCAGAAAGCCAUCAUUGAGACCCUCCAUAAGGAGGGAAAGCCUCAAAAGGUAAUUGCAGAAGAAGUUGGAUGCUCCCAAAGUGCUGUAUCGAAGCACAUUAAUGGAAAGUUAUGCGGAAGGGAAAAGUGUGGAAGAACAAGUUUCACCUGUAAAUGCCCCUGAAUGCCCGUUCCUGGGAACUGCAAGGGGGAGAGUGUUGCUGUUGCACUCGGGUCCAGCUUAGCUGUUUCCUACAAUGGGCAUCUGUUGGCCCCUGUGAGAACAGGAAGUUGGACCAGGCAGGGCCCCUUUUGGUCUGAUCCAGCAGUCUCUUCUGAUGUUAUAUGCAUUUGGAUACAUCUUAAGCUUCCACAACCAGAUGGUUCCCAAGCUUAAGGAGUAGUUUUUUACCUACAUUUGGGUGCCAUUUUGAAUUCCCCAGUGACGCUGAGUCCAGGCUGCUGAUGAGUUCCAGGCCCAAUUAAAGCCUUAAACUGUCAGGACUGCAAUAUCUCUCCCCUUAUGAACUGACCCAGAUCCUGCAAUUGUCCUCGGAGGCCCUUCUUUUUGUGCCUCCUCUGCAAGGUGUCCGGAGGGUGGCAACACGAGAACGGGGCCUUUUCUGCGGUGGCUCCCCGUUUGUGAGAUGCUCUCCCCAGGGAGGCUCCCCUGGCACCUUCAUUAUACACCUUUAGCUGUCAGGCAAAAACAUUCCUUUUCAACCAGGUCUUGGGCUGAUUAAUAUUCGACAGCCUUUUAAAUGUGUGGGGCUUGGGGAGGGGGGCUUGUUCCUAUUUUGUCGUUUCUGUUUUAACUAUUUAUUUGUGCUUUUGUCCUGAGAACCUUUGAGGAAGGGUAGCAUAUAAACAAGUAAGAAGCUACGGGAAGGAGGAAACUGUCCUUGACAGUCUUUGUCCCGCCCUCUCUUCUCCCUCGCAGAUCCCGCUCAUUCAGAAAGCGACCGGAGCCCAGGCCUGAGAGGAGGCCAGCUGGUGAAGAGCCCCCCUCUCCUUCCAUUUAUGCACUUCCCACCGACUGCCGCAAACACUGCGAGCUCCUCUUCAUCCGUGGAGACGGUGGGGGCUACUCUCGGGUGCCUUAUAUCUUUUUCGGGGGAUCUGAGUGGGGCGCGUCCCCGCUAGUCCUUGGAUUUCCAAGAGAGGUUUCCUUCUUUUGUAACCCCCCCAGCCCCGCUCUGUGUCAUGCUAGCCAACACUUUCUCCCCUCUCUUGUCUGUGCUCUUGCAAAGUCUGUGCCUUGACCGACCGCUGCGCCAUUCUUGGGGCAGGGAGGACGCACCCCCAAAUUGGGAGGAGGCUCGACGCUGGGCCCUGCUGCCCCAGUUGAGGAGAACGUCCCCCUUCCAUAUGCUUUUGUGCUGCGGAGGGGACACGGCCCUUCAAGGCGCUGAUGGGGGGCGUCCCUGGCCACUGCCCCUCUUGGUGCCAAUGGCGGAUUGAGAUUGAGCCAUAUCUGCCAGUGGGGUGCCCUGCGGUCCCUGUGCUCUUGGAGCUCCAAAGGGGGCAGGCGGCGGAGGGUGUGGAGGCCGCCAUAUUGUUACACGCCCGCUCAGCCCAACCCCUUGCCGGGACCUCAAGCCGUGGGCACCCGGCGGGCGUCCCCGCAGCCCAGGGCCAAAUCAAUGCCACGACCUCUCGUUCCGCAAAUGCCAUGAACAUAUCUUGCUCGCCAUCAGUCCGAAUACACACACAACACACACAGUGCCUGAUUUCUUCGGUGGUCCAUCACGCCUGCCCUGCAUCCACAGUUGGCAGGAACCUCAAGAACCCCUCUGGGCAUCCUGCCUUCUGCUCCCGUGUCUUGCAGAUGCCCGCCAGGCCGUGGUCAGCCUGCUUAUGCUCCCCGGGGCUCCUUCACCCACCCACCCCUCCAGAACUAGGAAGGGGGAGGAAAGGCGCGCGAGACUCUGGCAAACUGCUUGUCUGCUUUCUUCCUGAACCGUGGGAGAGGGGAGCCGGUCUUGUAUCCUAAGCUGGGAAUUCCCAAGCAGUCCCUCCCUGCCCCACUGGCGAGAGGCCCUGGAGCCCCUUGCCUGGCAUUCCCCCGGGGUUGGCAGUGCCCUGCGUGCACCUGCCUUCUGCGCCUCCUGUCUCGCAAAACGCAGACCCCUCUCUUUCCCCGCUCCUCUGUGCCGUAGAGAUCCCCUUCUCCCUUUGCAAUUUGCUACACGGUGCCCCCACCCUCCAGAUACAAACAUGGCUCCAUGACAGUUUGGGGGAGGUGCAGGAGGGCAGUGGAAGGCUCUCCCCCCCCCCCCCGCAGGGUUUCUAUGCACCUUCCUCCUCCCCAGUCUGUACUGUUCACACAAACGUCUGUACUGUUUAUUAUUCUUACAUGUGAAGCGUGCCUGUUUGCUCUCCGCAUGCGGGGGGGGGGGUAUCCCAGCCAUGCUUUCUUGCAAUUGCCUCCUGUGCAGGCUGCUGCUGCUGCUGCAUUUCAGAGCCCCCCCCCCUCACUUUCUAUUCCCCAGCUAAGUACUGUGAAGGAGGUGGGAGGGUGCCAAGUUCUUUAUUUUUAUUUUAUUUUGAGCAGGAUCUGGGUUUGUGCCGCCAAAGGUUUAGUGGGGGGAGGCAGCAGAGGGCUUAUUCCGGGGGGGGGGCGUUUCUGGAAGCUUGGGUGGAAGUGAGGGGCUCUUUGGGGCCCAAGCAUGUUUCCCUCACCCCCCACCACACACACAAAGACCUGGGUGGUGCCCCUCUACCAGCUUUCAGGGAGAGAGCACUGGAUUCCUGUCCCCAUUUUACCUUCCCUCUUCUCCCCCCCCCCACGUCGCCUGCUCUCCUGCCCCCCCCCCCCACGCCACGCGUUCUCUGCAUGGAUAUGUGGUGCAUGACCGCCUGUGCCAGGAUUCGCCGGGGGCCCCGUGUGCAUCCCAAGUGUGAAAUAAUGUACAAUAAAAAGUUAUUGUGACCUCACCAGGC